GUGUAUAAUAAAUAAUUUAAUUUUAGAUUUUUGAGUGGUGGUAUUUCAGAAAAUAUGGCACUUCAUUCAUCGAGCAAGUUUCUCUUAAUCAUAUUUCUCCCUGGUUAGGGGGAAGUGACAAUACUAGUGAAAAUGGUAAUUCUAAUGGAGGAGGGGGUACUGGAAAUCAACAAACAGCACCAGAAUGUAAAGUAUGGCGUAAUCCACUUAGCCUCUUUCGUGGGUCUGAAUAUAAUCGUUUUUCCUGGACGACAAAUAAAGAGCCAUUAACUUAUUAUGACAUGAAUUUGUCAGCCCAAGAUCAUCAGACAUUUUUUACUUGCGAAUCAGAUGGUGGUAAACCAGAAUAUGAGAUUAUGCAGACGGCUUGGCGAGAGAGGGAUCCUCAAGCCAGAAUUAAAGCCGCGCAUGAAGCAUUAGAAAAAAAUUCUGAAUGCGCACCCGCUUACAUUUUGUUGGCCGAAGAGGAAACGACCACCAUUCUAGAAGCAGAGAAAUUAUUUAAACAAGCCCUCAAAGUUGCAGAAAUUAAUUAUAGGAAAAGUCAACAAUCACAACAUCAGAGUCCUGCUCAGGAAGCAUUACAUAGAAGAGACACAAAUGUUUUGGUCUACGUCAGGCGAAGAUUAGCAAUGUGUGCAAGAAAGUUGGGAAAGUUAAGAGAAGCAGUAAAAAUGAUGCGUGAUCUUAUAAAAGAAUUUCCAAUGAUGAAUGUGUUCAACAUUCACGAAAAUUUAAUAGAAGCUUUGCUUGAAAUGCAAGCUUAUGCAGAUGUUCAAGCAGUCUUAGCAAAAUACGACGAUAUUAAUUUGCCAAAGUCUGCCACGAUUUGCUAUACUGCGGCACUACUCAAAGCGAGAGGAGUCAGCGACAAAUUUUCUCCAGAUGUGGCUUCGAAACGAGGACUAAGUACGGCGGAGAUGAAUGCAGUGGAAGCAAUUCAUCGAGCUGUAGAAUUCAAUCCUCAUGUUCCCAAGUAUCUUCUAGAAAUGAAAAGUCUCAUUUUACCUCCCGAACAUAUUUUAAAACGAGGAGACAGCGAAGCCAUUGCCUAUGCUUUUUUUCAUCUGCCUCAUUGGAAGAGAGUUGAAGGAGCUUUAAAUCUUCUCCACUGUACAUGGGAAGGAACAUUUAGAAUGAUUCCUUAUCCAUUGGAGAAGGGUCAUUUGUUUUAUCCCUAUCCAACUUGCACCGAAAGUACGGACAAAGAACUACUUCCAGCAUUCCAUGAUGUUUCAGUGUAUCCCAAAAAGGAGUUACCCUUCUUCAUCCUGUUCACAGCCGGACUUUGCUCCUUCACUGCACUUCUGGCUCUUUUAACUCAUCAAUAUCCAGAACCCAUGGGAGCAUUAGCAAGAACUUUUAUUUCACAGGUGAUAAGUUGGUUAUCUCUACCUUUAAGUUAUAUCAUGGAAAAAGUGGAAGCAAUUUUGCCUUCCAGUCUCCUACACCAAUUGUCACGCAUCUGAUCUUCCUUCUGCUCCAAAGACCACAAACUGUUACCGGUGCAGCUUCUUGCCAAAUGCACCGCAUUUUAUCUCAAGACGCCGCCGCCGCCGCCCGGGUACAAUUAAUAAAUGUUAUUGGUAGAAAAGGAUUGUCUGGCGUGGAAAAACUCUCUCGAAACGUAAUGCGUCUGUCGUCUUAAAAAAUUUUCCAAAGGAAAAAAACGUGCUUCUUUUGUACUUCCAUCUCUAAUGUUAAACGUGAUAUUUUUUUGAAAUGUUGAUAGCAGCAUAUCGAAACGUCGCCACGUCGGCCGAAGUGAGUUCGAAUACUUUGUGAGAUAAGUGCUCCAUACUCUCCUUUUGUUGUCGUAUCAGUACGGAUUUUACUGCACAAAAAUUGUAGUGUGUUGUUUUUUAAUGUACAAAAAAUGUGACUGCUAAUAAACAUUGAGCAAACA